ACUUUGUCUUGCUUUACCCGCUACUAGGGCUGGCAGACAACUCUACCUAUCUUGAUACCACUUGGCGUUGAUCUCGUACCAACUGGGCGAGUAUUCAGACACGCCCCAUAUCCUGCCACGAGACGACCACCUCGUGACUUUCUAAAAAUAAAUUCCUCGCCGAUCAGAAGCUGUCUACAAUGGCUGCAUCUGCAAGCUCUCGUGUUCCCGCUGUGGACCUGUCUGCGAGUAGCAAGGCGCCUGUCUUUGACCAGAAACCUCUCUGGAACCAAGAUACCGUCCGCGACGUGGCUGAAUCUGUUGGCGCCUCUAAGAUCAACGACGACAGCCUCCGCACGUUGACACAGGACACCGAGUAUCGUAUGGGCCAGGUCAUUGUGGAAUCCUUGCGCUCAAUGCGUAACUCGGAGCGGGACAACAUGAGUGUCCAAGAUACUUCUGGCGCCUUGCGACUCCUGGAUGUCGAGCCAAUGUUCGGUUACGACACGACCCGCCCCCUUAAGUACGGGGAGGCCAAUCUAGGCUCACAGGCUCUCUACUACGUGGAGGAUGAGGAGGUUGAACUGGAGAAGAUGAUCAACGCCCCCUUGCCAAAAAUACCCAAGGACAUGUUUAUGACAGGGCAUUAUCUCGCUCUUGAUGGAGUGCUUACGAUCUGUCCUGAGAACCUUUCGCCGGCCGAGCUUAAGUCGCACGACCUACUGCCAAAGGGCUCUGGUGCAAAUCCUGCACUCGCCGCUCUCUCUGGUCAGGACCAACCGGUAUUCAAGCCUUCUGUGAGACAUGCUGUUUCACAGGAGCUCAUCCUCUAUUUUGAGAAAAUCCAAGCUGCUCUCAUGGAUGACAGCGAGGAUGAAGAGGUGGAGAGAUUACGUGCUGCUGCAAUAGAAUCGGUUACUACCGAACCUGGCAUCCACCAACUUCUGCCAUACUUCAGCACGUUUAUCACCAACCAGGUGACUCAUCAUUGCGAUGAUGUCUUCGUGCUCCGCCAGAUGAUGGAGCUUACCUAUGGCCUCAUCAGCAAUGAGCACCUCUUCACGGACCAGUACGCGGCGCCGUUCACCUCUGCAACUCUUACGUGCCUGCUAUAUCGCAAGGGGGUUACGCAAAACGAUUUGCAGUCAGCAAGCAAGCAGUACCAACUUAGAGAGUUCGCUGCAAACGUGGCUGGCCAAAUCACAAAGAAGUUCGCCAAGGACAACCAGCCGCUGCUCCCUAUGCUUCUUCGCUCCUGCGUGAAGUCCAUGCUGAACCCGCAUUUCCCUUCGAGUGUGUGGUUCGGUGCCAUCUCGGGCAUUGCCCAGUGUGCCAACAACGGGGGAAUCAAAAUGCUUCUAAUCCAGAACCUCAAGGAUUUCGAGAAAGGCAUGCUUCUUCCUCUCCUCCAGAAAAACACGGAUAUCAGCCGUAUGGAGUUUGAGGCCCUGGUGGGCGCUAUCAUGAAAGCGCUGCAGAAGCUCACUGGCGACCAUCUGCCCAUGGGCACCAUGAAUGGGUUCUCGAGCGAUGCAGAAGCAGCUCGUGUGAAGGCACUCGUGGGGGACGUGAUCGGCGACCGUAUCAUACAGCUAGGUGAUCAUAAGUUGAACCUGGCAGUUCUGGACGCGCAAUUCUACGUCGGAGACUGGUGAACAGGGGGCUGGAGAGGUACGGUGGCGUUUGGGCUUCUUUUUAGCAUGGACGGGGUUUUAAGGUUUUUGGGUUUUUCGAGAGGAUUUUUCUUCUUGUAUUUCUGCAUGACAAAAGUGCAGAGUGCGGACGUCAGACUACAUGUCAACCGCACCGAUUGCCAUAUUCAGAUUGUUAAUCACACACGAUCUUGUCUGGCAGAAGUCAUACUAUGCCACUACACAAGAUGUGAGGCGUAAGUCCCUGGCUUUU